UCUUUGCUAUAAGCGUACAAGGCUACAAUAGAUUGAAUGCAGAUCAAAAAACAUGACAUGUGAGAGUCAAAAGGCAGGCAUGGCAGCAAAUCCCAAGCCGCCUCUUCUUUUGCUUCACUUUCUCUUUCUGAUGAUCUCCAUACUUUCAUUACAGAUCACAGCGUCACCGGCAACUCAAGCAGAAGCUCUUGUCAAAUGGAAAAACAGCCUCUCCCCUAUUCCCCCUCUUCUCACUUCAUGGUCCCUCGCCAACCUCAGCAACCUUUGCAACUGGACAAGCAUUGCCUGCGACGACUCAACCGGAACUGUCUCCGAGAUAGACCUCUCAGGUGCCAAGCUCAACGGAACACUGGCCCACUUCAACUUCACUCCGUUCCUUAAUCUCACCCGCUUCGACCUCAGCCACAACAAUCUCAGCGGACCAAUACCUUCGGAGAUAGGCCGGCUGACGGAGCUUCAGUAUGUAAGUCUUCUAGACAACUAUCUCGAUGGGACAAUCCCAUAUCAGAUUAACAAUCUUCAAAAGGCAUGGUACUUAGACCUUGGAUCAAACUAUUUAGUAAAUCCUGAUUGGUCUAAGUUUUCUGCCAUGCCAUUGUUGACCCAUCUUGGCUUUAAUUACAGUAAACUCACUUCAGGGUUCCCAGGAUUUAUAGUUGAUUGUAAGAACUUGACGUCCUUGGAUUUGUCCCAGAAUCAGUUGACCGGACCAAUACCAGAAUCUGUAUUUACCAAUCUGGGCAAGCUUGAAUACCUUAAUCUUUUUGAUAAUUUAUUCCAAGGACCAUUGUCACCUAACAUUUCCCACCUUUCCAAGCUCAAACAUCUUUUUCUAGGAAAAAACAGUUUCAGUGGUCUAAUUCCUGAGGAUAUUGGAGCAUUGUCCAAUCUUCAAAUUUUAGAAUUGUUCGACAAUUCAUUGGAAGGGAGUAUUCCUUCUUCAAUAGGCCAGCUCAAGGAGCUCGGGAGACUCUAUCUUAGUAUGAAUAGCUUGAAUUCUACAAUUCCUUCUGAGCUUGGGUUUUGUACAAAUCUCACCUUCUUGGCCCUGGCUCAAAAUUCAUUCACUGGGGAAUUGCCAUUGUCCUUGACCAACCUGACUAAAAUUACAGAAUUGGGUUUAUCUUCUAAUUCUCUCUCUGGUGUGAUCUCACCGCAUUUUCUCUCCAAUUGGACCGAGUUAACCUCUUUGCAACUUCAGGACAACCUUUUCACUGGAGAAAUUCCACCGGAAAUAGGCCUAUUGACAAAGCUCCAAUAUCUUUAUCUGUUUAAAAAUCAGCUUUCUGGCUCAAUUCCAUCCGAGAUUGGGAACUUGAAAGAUUUGCCGGAAAUAGACCUUUCACAAAACCGGCUCUCUGGUCCAAUUCCUCUGACAGUUUGGAACCUCACAAACCUUCAAGUCUUACAACUUUACUCCAACAAUCUCUCUGGCACAAUCCCACCGGAGAUUGGAAAUAUGACAUCGCUGCAGACUCUUGAUCUCAACACUAACCAACUCUAUGGGGAGUUGCCGGACACCAUUUCUCGCCUCACUAAUUUGGUGGCAAUCUCUCUUUUCACCAAUAACUUCUCGGGCACUAUUCCGAGUGACUUUGGGAAGUAUAGUGAUCUGAGCAAGGUUAGCUUUUCCAACAACAGUUUCUCUGGAGAAUUGCCACCUGAAUUGUGCAGCAGCUUUGGUCUUCAAGAGUUCACAGUGAAUAGCAACAACUUCACAGGCCCAUUGCCAGAGUGCUUGAGAAAUUGCGAUCAACUACAGAGGGUGCGGUUUGAUGGGAACCGAUUCAAUGGAAACAUUACAAAUGCUUUUGGAGUUCAUCCAAAUCUCAGUUUCAUUUGGUUUAGUUACAAUCAAUUUGUUGGUGAAAUCUCAGCAGAAUGGGGAGAAUGUGAGUCUCUCACUGAUUUGCAGAUGGACAGAAACAGAAUUUCUGGAAAAAUCCCAGUAGAGCUUGGAAAGCUGACUCGACUGCAGGUUUUGAAUCUGGACUCCAACGAAUUGUCCGGGGAAAUUCCAACUGUACUUGGAAAUCUAAGCCUGCUGUACAAGCUCAAUCUGGGCAGGAACCAUUUGACAGGAGAGAUUCCUCGGAGUCUAGGCAAUUUGAGUGAACUUAGCAAUCUUGAUUUGUCUAGAAACAGUUUGACUGAGAACAUACCAAAAGAACUUGGGAAUUGUGGUAAAUUAUUGUCCUUGGACUUGAGCAACAACAACCUGUCAGGGGUAAUACCAUCCGAGCUUGGUAACUUAGUCGCGUUGCAGUCAUUGUUGGACCUCAGCAGCAAUCGACUCUCAGGAAAUAUUCCUCAAAACCUUGCAAAGCUUUCAUCAUUGGAGAGUCUUAAUGUGUCACAUAACCAACUUUCAGGGGAAAUCCCAUCAUCGUUUACCGGCAUGGUUAGUCUACGCAAUACCUCCAUUGAUUUUUCAUACAACAAUUUAACAGGUUCGAUCCCAACUAGUCCAGUUUUCAAAGAUGCACCUGCGAAAGCUUAUGUUGAAAACUCAGGUUUGUGUGGAGAUGCAGAAGGACUAUCUCCUUGUUACACAUAUUCCAGAAAGAAAAAACAUUCUAAUACAACUCUAAUAGUUGUCCUCGUUCCUAUCUGUGGCCUAUUGCUGCUUGCAAUCAUUGUUGCUGGACUCAUAAUAUGUUAUCGGAGGACAAAACCCCUCGAUGAAGAAAGCAGAACAAUUGGAGAGUAUGAUGAGAAGGCUGAGUCACUGAUAUGGGAAAGAGAAGGUAAAUUCACAUUUGGGGAUCUCGUGAAGGCCACAGAAAACUUCCAUGAGAAGUACUGCAUUGGAAAAGGAGGAUUUGGAAGCGUUUACAAAGCGGCAUUGACAACAGGUCAGAUUGUUGUAGUUAAAAGACUUAACAUGUCAGACUCCAGUGACAUCCCAGUAGCCAGUCGCAAGAGUUUUGAGAAUGAGAUUCGUGUGUUGACAGAAGUCAGGCACCGCAAUAUCAUUAGGCUUUAUGGGUUCUGUUCUAUUAGGGGGUGCAUGUACUUGGUUUAUGAAUACGUGGAGAGAGGCAGUUUGGGAAAUGUAUUGUAUGGGGUGGGAGGGAAAGCAGAACUAGACUGGGGUAGAAGGGUGAAAAUUGUGCAAGGUGUGGCUCAUGCAAUUGCUUACUUGCACCAUGAUUGCUCUCCUCAAAUUGUGCACCGAGACAUAACUAUGAACAACAUAUUGCUGGAGUCAGAGUUUGAACCCCGACUCUCGGAUUUUGGCACUGCAAGAUUGAUGAGUUCAGAUACAACUAACUGGACAACAAUUGCUGGGUCUUAUGGCUACAUGGCUCCGGAGCUUGCAUUCACGAUGCGAGUAACAGAUAAAUGCGACGUCUAUAGCUUUGGAGUGGUGGCAUUAGAAAUUAUGAUGGGAAGGCACCCAAGGGAGCUCCUAUCUUCUCUGUCAUCAUCCAAAUCAACAACAGUAAUGCCAGUUUCAGACACUGCAGAAUUUCUUCUAAAGGAUGUGCUAGACCAAGGACUCCCACAACCCACAAGCCAAAUGGCGCAGGAGGUGGCAUUUGUGGUGGCUGUAGCCUUACAAUGCGUGGAUGACAAGCCAGAGUCACGACCCACCAUGCGUUUUGUGGCACAAGAAUUGUCAGCUCGAACCCAAGCUUGUAAUUCGUACCCAAUGGACACGAUGACCAUUAGCAACCUCAAAAGCCUUCAGAAAUAGAAUAAAUUGGCAUUCGUGUAGCAUCUAGUAAAUGAAAAUGUUGGACCAUGAGGCCCCAUGUAUACUAAUAUAAUCUUUUGUACUUCUGAAUAGUCUCUAAGGCUAACGUCUGGUUGAGCAUUAGUGAGUCAGUGACAACAAUCUUGAGCCCUAAUAGUGGUACUCUUUUGCCAUAUAACUUCUCUCUUAUGACUAGUAUAUUUCUUC